AUGUGUCUGUGUCUGUGUCUGUGUCUUGUUCCCGAUUUACCUGGGCGACUGAAUUUUGGAAAGAGUAUACAAACGCUGGCCGAAGAAAGGUGUAAACCUCUAGAGACUUACCUUAAAGUUCUAUUAUUGGAAAAUGAUCAAAGUGUCAUCUCGAACCCACAUAUAUCUGCGUUCUUAGACCUCCGAGAUCGAUUGAAGACCAAUAUAAAUCGCUCAGAUACAUGGAGUGGCGAGUGCGAAGACCUUCUGAACCUAGCAAAUGAAAUAGCAGCUAAUAUAACAUCACGGAACACAUAUCGGACACAACAUAAGAAGGACGACCCUGAACUGGUGCGUAAUCUCCGAGGGAAAUUAUCAAAUAUAUCAACCAAGUCCAGGUCGCUGGCACGUGUACUUGAAGGGGCCGCAUCAGAGUUGACAGAAGCCGAACUCAUUAGGAGGCAAAAUAGUUUAGACUUGCUGCGCAGUCGUAUUGUGGAGCUUGAGCGAUUAGAACGUGCGGAAGGCGAUGAAGUUGAGGAUAACAGAGCGCAACGAUCAGAAGUACCCGACCGCAAUAGAAACACCCCCCGUGGUCGAGUUUGGGGAAAGGAGACUGAAGCGACUAAAGGAAAGACUACACAUGAAGUCGUCGACCUUCAACGUGAUGUUAUGGCGGCACAGGAUGCUGGAUUAGAUCGACUAGCUGAAGUCGUUCAGCGUCAGAAGCACGUGGCAUCUGCUAUCGGCAACGAAUUAGAUGAGCAAAACCGACUUUUGGAGGAUCUGGAUGGAAGAGUCGAGCGGACACAUGGACAAUUGGCAAACACCACCAAGCGCGUCAUGAAGCUACUCUGAUAAUGCCCUCGGUGUGAGGGUUAUAGGCAUUGUCUGCUUUUCGCUGCUGUUUGUCAAUUAACAGUAACGAAUAAAUAUUAUCUAAAUAGACUUUCAGUAUGAAGAGUCUGAAGUAGUCACAGCAACGAAGAUAUUCUCAUUUCAGUCCUCUAACUGCUCCUCUCAAUAUAAGCUAUAUAAAAAUUGGCAUCUCGAUGUUAGAGCGAUA